AACUCACAUUUCAAAAUGGCUAACUUUUUGCAGUAAAAAUUAAAGUUUAUAGAAAAUAUUUGAAAAAAGCAUUGAAAGACUUUAUUUCCUUGCAUAAACUCACAAUAAAAUCAUGAAAGCUGUUAAACAAAAAGAGAAGAGAAAGAAUAGAGAAACAUUUCCCUUGAAUUUUGAAAUAAUUUGUCCUAAGAAGAUAAAAAUAGUUGGACAUAAAAAAGGAGGGGUUGUAAAGAAAACAUCUGGUACUUCCAAUGGAAAAUCUUCAUCCUCAAAUUUCAGAGUGUCAGAUUCAAAGUCUCAGAGAACAGUUGCCGGAAAGAAAAAAUAUGAUUAUAAAUUAGUGGUGAAAAAUUUAAGUUUUGAAGUUGGAGAAGCAGACUUGAGAAAAAUAUUCUUAACAGCUGAUAAAAUUACUUUAUCUAAGUUCACUGAUACAGGAAAAUCUAAGGGGUAUGCGUUUGCAGAAUAUCAAUCAAAACAAGAUGCUAAAGAAGCUCAACAUGCAUUGAACAGAAGAAAAAUAAAAGGAAGAAGAGUCAGUAUCCAUUUUAAAGGCAUUGAAGAUCUUAAAAGUCAUGAGUCUAAGUUACCAACUCCAAAGAACGUGAAUUUAUAUCCCAAUAAGCAAGAACCAAGGAUUCAAGCACCAAAGAAGCAGUUUGUGUUUGCUGAUGAUAGUGAUUGAAAUUUUCUGAUAUUGACAAACUAAAAUGAUAUAUUGCUCAAAUUAGUAUGUCAAUAACUGACUAAUGCAGGACUCAUGUAUAUAAAUCUCUGCAUGUUCAUAGUAGAUAUGAUUGUACAUAAAUGACUUAAGUAAAGAUCUGAGCAUGGAAUCAUAAAGAUUGACUGAAAGAGGUCUUUUCUCUGUCCGAGAAGAAUCAAGAGAUAUCUAUACAGAAGUUAAUUUUUUUGUAUAUAUAAGUUUGUAUGCGUUCUAACUGUAUAAGGUGCAAACUUGAACACAACAAAGGUAAUGCUGUCAGUGUCAGUAACUGGUUUUAUGUAAUUUAUCUGGCUGAGUUAGACAAUUAUUUAACCCCAUUACUUACUAUGUACAUUAUACACUAUGCAUUUCAUCUCUCAAUAUAUGAUACUGUGAAUUUGUAUAUUUUUUUUAAUGAAAACAAUAAGAAAG